CUGAGACGUAAUAAACUGCAGACUGCUUUUUAGAAAAAGUGGUUCAGCUGCAACCUGAUGUACCAGAAAUCGCCGUGCUUCAGUUGUGCUUAUUUUUAUACUAUCAAGCCCGAGAGUGUUAGGUUUGUUUGUUUUACUGUUGUUGUAAUAUAAGCUGGUUGUGUUUUGGAUUUUCAUUCUGUGAAGUGGAUACAUCUGUGAAGUUUUCUGGUGCCUGCAAAACAACGAAGAGUAACAACUUCUCUUGAGGCAUACUGAAUGAAAUAUGAAAUGCUAUUGCUGAAGGAUUGGCAGCAGUUUUACUUGAAUUCAUAAAUGUCUCUAGGCUUUCUUACCAACUUCAUCAGCCUCACUUAGCUCUCAUUCCAGUUGAGCACAUGGCACUUGCUCUACAUUUGUGGUUUGCAUGUUGCUGAUCUGACUGUAAGGGCAAAGGCUUUCUCUGCAACAUUCUUAUUACAAUCCGCCUUCUGAAUGACAACAAUCAUUACACAGAACAAGUAACUCAUGAAGGAAGAGGGUCCACAACGACGUAGGUUUUCUUCAUGUGCUGGGGUUUCGCUUCCUCCACGAGCUGAUGGUCGAAAACUUGUCCGGAAUGCUUCAUUUGGAGGAUACAACGAGCUUUCACCUGUCUUUCGAGGGUUUGACAGAGGGAAGGAUGAUGCAUCACAAAGUAAAGAUGAUUCUGCACAAUCCAUGUCAAAAAGCAAGUCAGAAUCUAAGCUUUAUAAUGGGUCAGAGAAGGAUAUUACCGCUGCCUCCACCAACUCCUCUUCUGCUACUAAGCUCACCAAGAAGGAGUCUCUUAAGGUUCAAAAGAAAAAUUACAGGGAAGAGAAGAAAAGAGCUACGAAAGAAUUACUUAGUACAAUCACAGAUCCAUCAGUCAUUGUCAUGGCUGACUGGCUAAAGAUUCGUGGUACACUGAAAAGCUGGACCAAACUUUGGUGUGUGCUGAAACCAGGAGUAUUGCUUAUUUACAAAACUCCUAAAAAUGGUCAGUGGGUGGGAACAGUACUUUUGAACGCAUGUGAACUCAUUGAGCGGCCUUCAAAAAAGGAUGGAUUUUGUUUCAAACUUUUCCAUCCUUUGGAGCAGUCUAUCUGGGCUGUAAAGGGCCCUAAAGGGGAAGCUGUUGGCUCUAUAACACAGCCAUUACCUAGCAGUUAUUUGAUCAUCCGAGCAGCUUCAGAAUCAGAUGGUAGAUGUUGGAUGGAUGCCUUGGAACUGGCUUUGAAAUGCUCGAGUUUGCUCAAGCGUACAAUGAUCAGAGAAGGUAAAGAGCAUGAACUCAACUUAACAGAUGGUGCACAUGUGUCUUUCUAUGGCCUGCUGCGUGCAAGCAACGUGCAUAGUAGUGAAAGCUUUCCACUAAAUGAUAGUGAAAUUGAAAGGCAUCACUUUAAAGAUCCAGAUCUCUAUUCUGAUAAAUCAGAUAGGGAAAAUGAUCAUGAUCGUGAUGAAUCAGAUAAUGAUGGCCUAGGAGAAAGUGAUACUGACACAUCAGAACGGCAGGACGACUCAUACAUUGAUCCUGAACCUGAUCAUAUAAAGGAAACUACAUAUGUAGAAGAAGCACAUGAAGAACUUGGCGAGGCAGGAGAAGCUUCUCAAACAGAAAUAGUUUCAGAAGAGAAUAAGAGUUUGAUCUGGACACUAUUGAAACAAGUACGCCCGGGAAUGGACCUCUCUAAAGUGGUGCUUCCUACAUUUAUUUUGGAAACACGUUCUUUCUUGGACAAACUCUCUGAUUACUACUAUCAUGCAGACUUCUUAUCUGAAGCUGCCCUUGAAGAGAAUGCUUACAAUCGUAUGAAACAAGUGGUGAAAUGGUAUUUGUCAGGAUUCUACAAAAAGCCAAAGGGACUUAAAAAACCCUACAAUCCUAUACUUGGUGAGACUUUCCGUUGCUUAUGGGUUCAUCCAAAGACAAAUAGCAAGACUUUUUAUAUUGCUGAACAGGUAUCUCAUCAUCCCCCCAUAUCCGCCUUCUAUGUAAGCAAUCGAAAAGAUGGAUUUUGCCUUAGUGGUAAUAUUUUGGCCAAAUCCAAGUUCUAUGGAAAUUCAUUAUCUGCCAUUCUGGAUGGUGAAGGGCGACUGCUUUUCCUAAACAGAGGAGAAGAAUAUAUGAUAACCAUGCCAUAUGCACAUUGUAAAGGAAUUCUCUAUGGUACAAUGACUUUGGAGCUUGGGGGAACUGUUAACAUCACAUGUGAAAAAACUGGAUACAGUGCAGCUCUUGAAUUCAAACUAAAGCCAUUUUUAGGCAACAAUGACAAUGUUAAUCAAAUAGUGGGGAAAAUUAAACUGGGAAAAGAAGUUCUAGCUACUCUGGAAGGACACUGGGACAGUGAAGUUAUUAUUAGGGACAAAAAGACAGAAGUUUCAGAGACAUUCUGGAAUCCAACACCUGAAAUCAAACAGUGCAGAUUAAGAAGAUACACAGUGAAGUUUGAGGAGCAAGGUGACUUUGAGUCAGAGAGACUUUGGCAACAUGUGACUCAAGCUAUAAACAACAAAGACCAAACAGAAGCAACUCAUGAGAAAUGCAUUUUGGAAGAAGCUCAGCGAAAAGCUGCCAAAGAAAGGAAAGCCCACGAUGAAGAGUGGGUAUGCAGGCUAUUUGAGCCAGAUCCACUCACGGGAGAAUGGAAUUACAGAUAUGCAGACACAAGACCAUGGGAUCCACUGAAUGAUAUGAUACAGUUUGAAAAAGAUGGUGCCAUUCAAACAAAAGUCAGACAUCGAACACCAAUGGUUAGCGUUGCAAAAAUAAAGAGGUCUGCAAAGUCAAAGAAAGGGGAGUGUGGGUUUUCCUCACCAGAACCUGAUAAUCAGGAUUCAUCUGGCAGUGAAGCGCAACUCAAGCAUAAUACAAGAAUCCGAAAAAAGACACUCGAUCUUGGUGAACUACAAAGUGCCAUUGAAUCUAUAAGGGAGACACAGGAAGAUAUACGGAGGGACAUCACUGCUCUAAGAACCCGAAUGACUACAAGCGCACCACCACCAGAUAGUAACUUUUUUCAGUUCAAGCACUAUGUCUUCAUUUUGCUAAUGAUUCUCCUGCAGCUUAUGAUCAAUUACUUGUUUAAAUAGAAUGCCUGGAUGGAAGACUAUAUGAAGUGGAAUGAUUAUGUUCUUCGUGGGACCAUAUUUUAAGCUUGGGUUGGCUUCAAAUAAGGCAAUAUUUUCUAAACACAGGAGCCAUGAAGAUUCAGGCCUUUGCCUCAAAAGCUUGUUCUCACAUGGAGCAAUGUCGGUUAUAUUCUGUCUUAGCCAGAAGACGUGGAAGAUGCUUAUGUGCCAGUAACUUUCUCUUUGCAUUUCUCAUAUGCUGGAUAACUGCCUUGCAUAUUCUAAAGUGUUGUUACGCUGCAGUGAUAAAUACCAAUAUACAACAUAUCAAUAUGGCCAUUGAUGACAUCUUUUUCAUUUGACCAUAUACUGUCCAUUGUCCAUAAAAAGUGAAUUUAAGUGCAGCAUUUGUUCGAAGUUUAAUGAGAUUUUAAUUCAUUAGGAAGAUUACACCCAAUCUAGAAAAUUUAAUAAUUGUUCAAAGAUUGAACUAUUCAGCUAUUUAUUGCCAUUAAAAAUAUUAAGCUAUUAGUCCAUCAACAUUUCAUUAACCCUGCAGCAUUUCAGUGAUUGUUAUUUGUCAAAUGUUUCAUUAGUUUAUGAAAAUGGAGUUUACUUGUAGCAUUAGUGAGUUAAUUAUAACAAUCCUGGGUAACACACAAAUAGCUUUGCCUGUCGCAACAGUAUUUGUAAAUAGUCUUUCUAAAUAGCAUCUCCUCUUGACAAACUGCUGCAGUAGAAGCACUUUGAGAUGCAAAGAGUGGGGGCAGUGAUGGAGUUCCUGAGUAUGAAAAAAGAAGGGCUCUACUGCAUUGGUGGGUAGUGGUGAGGUGUCCAAGUACCCAUCUUCAGGUCCUCUGCAUCCUGUAAUGGCCACAUCCUCACCAUUUUGGUGAAAACUUAAGUGACUUCUGGAUACAUUUUUUUUCACUGCUUUUGGGGUGCUGUGGGGACUAAAACAGUGAAAAGGAGAAUAAUUGUGCCUUCUGGAGGUCAUUGGAUACAGAAUUCCACUUUGUUGAUUUUUUCAUGUUUUGUUUUGUUUUUUGUUGGAGAGCAAGAGGCCUGAUAUCCUGACCUAGGCUGUAUGUAGGCCACAGGAUAUCGUACUAUACUGAAAAAUAUAAAGGAUUUUCUGCAUUUUGGCUUCUUGUGAUGUUGUAUAUAAUUUCUUUGAAUAUUGGACUUAUGUAAUAUACAGGUUUGCUUAGCACCCUCAUACUUCCAAGAAUAAUGGGUCAAAUCCAGUUAAUCUGCCACCCAAGAACUGUUUAGCAGCAUUAGCAACUUUUUAAUGAUGUUUUAGGUGCCCCAGAUCUGAGUAUAUUAAUGGAGCUCACUGUAUACAAAAACAUAGAUUUAAUGUGUUGUUUCUGUAAAUGAGAACACCCAUUUUGUAAAUUGGACUCAAUUGUUAACCAUUAAAUUCUGGAAGGUAGAUCAGUUUCUACUUGUAUUAGUCCUUUUCUGUUUACAUGUCAAAGAUAGUAGUCAUUAAAUAUACAUGGCAAUACACAGUAUAGCAGAAAUCUUCAGCCUUCUAUUAUAACAACUAUAAGCCUUUCAAUAUGGGGAUGGAAAUUGUUCAGCUCUCCAGAUGUUGGACUGCAAAUCCCACCAUUCCUCAUGUUUGGCUAUAUUUGCUAGGGGUGCUAGAAGUUGCAGUCCAACAACACUGUGCAGCUGGAGAGCUGCAUAAUUCUGUCCCUGGCUCAAGAUAGAUAGAUAGAUAGAUAGAUUGCAGUACACAGUACAGUAUGGACUCUGUAUCUGCAGGGGAUAUGUUACUGGACUUAGUGUGGAAAUAAUAGCGAACCCUAUUGAAAUAAAUUACUUCUGGAAGAAGUUGACCAUAGAGUUGUGCUGGAAGACCUACAGAUUCCUAGAGAGAACACCUCUUUAGGCAUUUUAGGUCCUCCACCGCAACUCUUAUGGUCAACCUAUACUGGAAGCAUACCAUAAAAUCACUCUGAAAAUGCCUAGAGAGAACAUAUUUUUUUCAGAUGUGGGUAAGUCCUGCAGAUACAGGGUCAUACUGUACACAUUUCAGUUUGGGAUUCAGUAGUUUUAAGAAAAUGUGUUUUUAUACUGCCCAAAAUGAUGUUAGCGAGAUAAAAUACCUGCUUUCAAAUUUGACUUAUUUAUGAAGAUAUGCAUUUCUAAUUAAAAUUUGCAUAUAUUUAUACAGUAUCUCUCCUUUUGCCUUGUGGACUUCUUGCCAAAUCCUUUUUUUUAAAAAUGAAAUAUAAUGAGCAACUUUUCUCCCGAUUAUGUGGUUUCUAUAGUGCAGUGCAAUUCAUAACAAAUAGUUAAGUUUUUACUUAAAAAAAGAAAUAACUAUAGCAAAAGAAAUAACAUUUAUAUUCUGCUUUGUCUUUAUUUGUAAGCAUUUGGGACAAUUAGCUAUUCAUUCUGCAACAACCGUCAAACUGAAAUAUUUAACUUGCUUCUGAUGCUUUGGCCCUAUCUGUUGUUGUGCAUGUAUGCCAUACCCUGUCUUUAUCUGCUUGUCUCCUUUUGUGAAUUUCUUUUGUGAGGCAUAGCUAGAAAAACUGUAUCAAUGCUUUCUUUUAUUGGACAAGUGAGUGAAUUUUAUUAGACAAGGAAUGGUGUUAGAUUUCAACUCCAGUCUAUCACCCUUAACUAUGAAGACUAAGGUGUUGGGAGUUGCAAUCCAACACCUGAAGGGUUGUUUCUCCCCAUCAUUGUUUUAGGCAUUUUCAGUGGUAAGAAAGCAAAUGGUUUUUAAACCUUCUAUGACAACAUUAAAUUACAUGAAUCAUCUUCUCUGUCAGAUACAGAAAAGCACAUUUAAUGCCCAAAUCCCUACGUUGUUCCUACAUUUGAUUCCUAGUGUGAGGUGAAAAAAUAAUUUGUUGCCUGAUUACUUUUUACAUGGUAUGAUUGAGUAUGGUUCUAGUUUAUGAAAUGUUUCUUCAUAUACAAUACUUAGUCAUGUGUAAUAACCUUAAAUUCCUUCAGAUUGACUGUUUUCUGCACAAAGCUUUAAAGAAACUUUGAUUGUACAGUUUGAGGGCAAUGACUCUUUAGUAACGUUUAGUAUUUAAAGAAAAGUACUUGAUUAUGUAUGGUUCUCCUUGUACAUAAGUAGACAAUAUUCAGAAUUGCUUGUUACUGCCAUAUUCAUGGCUGUUUGUUUAAAAUAAGUGCACUAUAAGCCUUUAAUAUGUCCUGCAACCAUUACCAUUAACGUAACUAUAAAAAUGUCUGUAAAAUGGAGUCCUGGCAAUAGAUAAUGUUUCUUGUAUCUCACAUGAUAGGUUAGUUGUUACCUGUUAUUAGGCAUCUCUUAAUUAUACAGCAUGCUUGCUUUUCAUGAAAACCUCACUCAGACAGCUAACCUGUAACAGUGAUCUAAUCAUUUACAGUUCACUGCCCUUCUGUGCCUUUGGGGAAGAAUCUUGCCAAUUCAAUGUUACAAAGUAGAAUGAGAGUUAAAAUACAUUUGUCUCAUCUACCUUUAUGGUAGUCAACUGCUUUAACUGCUAUUUCAUCCUCAUGAUUUUUAUUCUAUUGUAAAUAGGAUAUAUUAUCUGCUAAACUGAGAGAUUACUGUAUUUCUCCUGUAUCCUCAAUUUUGGGGCGUCUUUUGAGAGCAGGCUAUCAGAUACUUGAGAAUUGUAAUAGUGCCUUGAUGGAGUUAGGUGUGUAUAUAAAAAGAUGUUAUGAAGGUUGUGUCAUAUCUUUUUUAAUGAAAGUUCUUAUAUUUCCAGUAUUAACUUUCAGAAUAAAUGUUUAUAAAAAGGUAUGGCACAACUAUAGAAAUACACAUCAAGUUAUUUUUCUGUCAAUUAGUAAUACGUGGACCGAACAGGAUGUCUAAAUUUUGGUGUAUCGUGAAGCCAUAAUUCUUUGUUUGUGAUACCACAAAAUAGCCAUAAAAACCCUAUAACGUCACAGACAAACAAUUUUGGCUUUACUUUUGUUUUCAUGGAUAAAAACAUUCUAAGAAAAUAAACUUGUAAGCAUGUGUGGAGGAAAAUAAUUGGGAAUCAAAAGGAAAUUGGAAAAUAUCACUUCCAGUAAUAAGCAUAUUUAAUGGAUUUAAAGUUUGGCUCAAAUUCGGAAAACACUUUUUAAAUAUACAACCUUCUGUUAAUACUGAAGUCGUCUUCACUUCCUUCUAGAUUCUGAACCUCACAGUUUUCACUAACAUUUUUUUACUUCUCCUUCCUGCUCCUCCUCCUUUUCCUCUUUUUAUUUGAACAUAUUGCUUGGAUUUUUAUACUGUUACACUUUUUUAAACUGCGAACAGUUUGUUGUACUUAAGCUGUAUAGGACCAGUGUUUAACCAAUGAAUACAAUAUAUGUAAAGAAAAGGCAGAAGUAAUGACUGAAUGUGAAUGCACUUACUCAAAUUUAUUUAUAGGAAACCCUAUUCCUGUAAGGUGUUUGUUUCUGCAUAUCAUGUAAAAUAGCAUUGUUGUUGUUGCACUGUAUUUUUAAAAAACAAAAUCAUGCUGCAUGCAGUGUGAUAAAAGAAACAAGUAAUUCCUUUGAAAGAACAGGAAAUUGUGUGUUGCAUGCUUAAUGUACAGUUCAGUUCAACAACUUGUUUAAACGACCGUUUAUAAAUUAAAAGCUCUAUCACUGGUCAGUAGUUUUGUACAAUUAAAGAACUAGAAUAAAGAGCUGUGAUCAAAACAA